GUAGUUUCAGGGGAGGGGAAAAAAAACCCAGUACUGUAGUUUAAUAAUAAUGCUGAUACAUGAUUUUCUUCUUUCUUAAUAAAUCAUUGUAUUUUAUUGGAUCUGAUGCAUUUUGUGUCUCUUUGAUAUCUGACAUAUAGACUCGAAUUAAAGCUCACCCCUUAUUCUUAUGCUGCUUUUGCAUCAUUAAUAGACAAAUACAGAGUUACAGUUAAUGGGAAGCUUUUAAUGCCAUUUUCUCAAUUGUCGCGGUCUUUUUUGUGUUUAUGUAGCUUGCACCUUCUCUUCCUUUACAAGAAGAUUUCGUGUAUCACUGGAAGGCAAUUACUCAUUACUACAUAGAGACUUCGGAUGAUAAAGCUCCAGUGACAGAUACAAAUAUUCCAUCUCAUCUGGAACAGAUGUUAGUAAUAUUGGUACAAGAAGAAAGUGAACGGGAAUUUGGAGAGACGGGGCCAUGUAUGGAGUAUUUACUUCAUCACAAGAUCUUGGAAACGUUAUAUACCUUAGGGAAAGCUGAUUGUCCUCCAGGAAUGAAACAGCAGGUUUUGGUAUUCUAUACCAAACUUCUGGGGAAAAUCCGGCAGCCACUACUUCCACACAUUAAUGUGCAUAGGCCCGUGCAGAAAUUAAUUCGACUAUGUGGUGAAGUCCUUGCAACACCAACAGAAAAUGAAGAAAUUCAGUUUCUCUGCAUUGUGUGUGCAAAGCUGAAACAAGAUCCCUACUUGGUUAAUUUUUUUCUGGAGAAUAAGUUGAAAUCAUUGACUUCCAAAGGAGCACCGAAUGCAAUUUCUGAAGAGACAUUGAAAGGUCAAGAUUCCUUGUCAACAGCUCCAGGACAGUCCUGUCGGCCGGAGGAACUACCCGGUGCUUCUGGAAUGGAGCACACAGACUUAGAAGAUGAGCCUCCUCCUCAGGUGGAUGAGCUGUCCGCCAGCUUAGACAACCUCAGUGUCGCUGCCCUGCCCGAGGCCACAGUUGUUCGUCCAAACCAGGAUUACAACUUAGUGAAUUCUUUGUUAAAUCUUACUAGAAGUCCUGACGGCCGAAUAGCUGUGAAGGCCUGCGAGGGCCUGAUGCUCUUAGUGAGUUUGCCGGAGCCGGCGGCCGCCAAGUGCCUGACACAGAGCACCUGCCUGUGUGAGCUGCUCACAGACAGGCUCGCCUCCCUGUACAAGGCCCUACCUCAGUCCGUGGACCCGUUAGAUAUUGAAACAGUGGAAGCAAUUAACUGGGGCUUGGACUCAUACAGUCAUAAAGAAGAUGCUUCAGCAUUUCCAGGAAAACGAGCCUUAAUUUCAUUUCUCUCCUGGUUUGAUUAUUGUGAUCAACUUAUAAAGGAAGCACAAAAGACUGCUGCUGUUGCUCUUGCCAAAGCUGUUCAUGAAAGAUUUUUCAUUGGUGUUAUGGAACCUCAGUUAAUGCAAACGUCUGAGAUGGGUAUUCUGACAUCAACUGCUCUGCUUCAUCGCAUUGUUCGGCAAGUGACCUCGGACAUUUUGCUUCAAGAAAUGGUGUUUUUCAUCCUUGGAGAACAGAGGGAACCAGAAACUCUGGCAGAAAUUAGUAGACAUCCUUUAAGACAUAGGUUAAUUGAACAUUGUGAUCACAUAUCUGAUGAGAUAAGCAUAAUGACAUUAAGAAUGUUUGAACAUCUUUUACAAAAACCCAAUGAGCACAUUCUUUACAACUUGGUCCUAAGAAAUCUUGAAGAAAGGAAUUAUACAGAAUAUAAACCUGUGUGCCCAGAAGAUAAAGAUGUGGUGGAGAAUGGACUGAUAGCAGGAGCAGUAGAUCUGGAAGAAGAUCCACUGUUUACUGACAUUUCACCAGAGACCACUUUGUCCAACCAAGAGUGGCUUAGUUCUUCACCUCCUGCUACUCCAGACCAUCCCAAAAAUGAUGGGAAAACUGAAGUCCAUAAAAUUGUAAAUAGUUUUCUCUGCCUGGUACCGGAUGAAGCAAAAUCAUCCUACCAUGUUGAGGGCACUGGGUAUGACACCUACCUCCGAGAUGCUCAUAGGCAGUUCCGGGACUACUGUGCUGUCUGCUUAAGAUGGGAGUGGCCUGGGUCUCCAAAGGCACUGGAAAAGUGCAAUUUAGAAGCAACUUUCUUUGAAGGUCAUUUUUUGAAAGUUUUAUUUGACAGAAUGGGAAGAAUUCUUGAUCAGCCAUAUGAUGUAAAUUUACAAGUAACCUCAGUGUUGUCUAGACUUUCUCUCUUCCCUCAUCCACACAUACACGAGUACCUUCUGGAUCCAUAUGUGAACCUUGCUUCUGGCUGUAGAUCCCUCUUCUCUGUAAUCGUUAGGGUUGUUGGGGACCUUAUGCUUCGAAUCCAGCGUAUUCAAGACUUCACUCCCAAACUUCUGUUAGUCAGAAAGCGAUUACUUGGUUUGGAGCCUGAAGGCCCUAUGGUUGACCACGUCACGUUGCUGGAGGGCGUGAUCGUGCUGGAGGAGUUCUGUAAGGAGCUGGCCGCAGUUGCAUUCGUGAAGUACCACGCUUCCUCCACUCCGUAACUAGUGUCUCUCAAGGAACCAAGGGGACAGAGCUACUGUGUUCAUUUCAUCAAAAAAGACUCAGCUCCACUCAGCCGAGAGAGGAUAAAAAGCCUUUUUAAAUGAAGCAUUGCUGUAAACUGGACAGAACCAUUCAGAACCCAAUGAGUGGACACUCUCAGUAAAUUGUUGUGUAAUAUUGUUUUCAUUGGCUUUACCAUAAUGGUUCUAGAUAUAAAGUUGCACGUCCUUGAAUCCAGGAUACAAUCAAAGGAACUUCAGGAAAUAAGCAUUUCUGAUGCCUGUGUGAAAAGCUGCAAAAUUUCUGAUGUCAUGACUUUGAUGAUAUUUCUGUUAUUUUAAUAUCCUUUUAGGUAGCAAGGCAUUUUGACAUUCUCUGGGACUCAGAUGCUUAUAUUCUUUUGGAUUAAUAAGUAGCAAAAAAACACCUAAUUUUAUAACUUUUUAAGGUCAGAAUUCUUAUUAAACAAAAUAAGAAAAAAAAACUGUAAAUGAGAAAAACUACAAUUCAGGAACCAUCAAAUGAGUUAAUAAUAGAAGAUAAAAAUGUGUAGAGCACCAUUAACUUUCUUCAGCUUUUCUAAGAAUAACAAUUUAAUAUGAUAAAGAAAUUCUUGAUUAAUAUAAUAUAUAUAUUUUUUAAAGAAAUGUUCUUUUAUUCUUUUGUGCACAUAGCCACGUUAGUGACUGACUUUCAUGUAUGGGUCCCAGUUUAUCUAAACUGUGUCAUUUUUGCAACAGCGUUGAAUCUGUGCUCACCACUGGUAGUGUUUGCUAAAGUAGUAUUUUUUGAGCUAAUUAACAUGCAUUGGGUGGAGACCCUUUUUCCUAUCUCUCCCUCCCUCUCUGAAAAGUGCUUUAUAAUUUGAUUUUCUUAUUGAAAUGCGUGGUAGGGUGUAGGUGGCAGCAAUCAAAAUACCAGUGGCCUCCUGAAUGUUUACAUUUUUUUUUCCAUUUUGUUCACUCUUUUGUUUUAAAUCAUUCUAAAGAGAUUUAAAAACAAACCUACCAACCAGUCUGUCCUGUUUACAUAUGAAGGAACUUGGGUAAAUUGGUCUCUAUGUGGAUGGGUGUGUAUGUGGGCACAUGGGGACAUGCGGGCAGCUGGCAGCGCUGCGCCGUGCACAGCAUGCUCGUACUUGAUUUACGUACGAGAUGGUGUUUGCUAGUCCACGUCUUAUUCUUCCUUUAAGUGAUGCUUAUCACUCAAAUAUUGCUUUUAAGCUUUCUUGGUCUGGUUUGGUUUGUUUUGGUUUGUUGAAAUGUUAAGCAGCAGCACUUUCCUAUUUGUCUUUCCAUUUGCUGAUAUUGGGGGAGCAAAUGAGCAAACCUUCCAGGAUGAAAGGGACUGUCGCUGCCCCUUCUAAAAAGCUCUUUUGUGUAGCACGUUUGCAUCUGUACAUCCAUCAUGUGACGUGUGCAUAGAAGCAUGUUUUAUACCUACUGCUAAUUUUGUUGUGUUCAUUUUUCUGAUUUAUUUUAUAGUUUUUGUCAUCUAUUAGGAACAAUAUCAAAAAGUUGUUAAUAUUCUUGGCACCAGAAUGCUUACCACUGUUAAAACAACAAAAAGACUAAAUUUCUAAUUUAAUGCAAAUCCUUGUUAGCUCACUCUAAGAAAUUCAUUAAGCGAAACAAUGAAAAAAUAAGUGGGAGACAGUUACUUUGUGCAUGAUUUUCUUUAAAUGAUUUCUAAUGGUGGGAAAGCAUUAUUCUGUUUGCUGUCUUUAUUGAUGCAAGGAACACUGCAACAUCUCCAUUUAAAUGUAGUUUACUUUGACGUAGCCGUAUUUAAAAUAAGACAUUAAGAGAUAUUAGGUAUUUCUUUAAUGUUCUUGUAGUGUUCAGCAGGUGUAAUGGCAGUGAUGUUCCCUCUCAAACCAAAACCUAUUUUAAUCCUGAUUUUCACAGUGGGACCUUAAUAGCUAGCUAAUCCGUGAAACCAAGCUCAGAAAAGCUUUAACUCAUAUUUUUGUGUGUGUAUGCUGCUUCUUCAAACAUAAUUAUUUCCCUAAGUUAUUGUAAUGUCUUUGAUUUGUAAUCAGCUAAAGCUUAAGGUAUAAGUUAUUUCCCUUCUAAGUGUAUUUCUGUCUUUUUUUUCGUAUUUACUUCAGACCUAGAGCCAGCACAAGUUCUCACGGUGACUUUGAUUUGUUGGUGAAACGUUGUCCUGUGUGACUAUUCGUCUUCGUACUGUCUUUCAGAAACUGAAUAUUUCUGUUACUCAGUACUUGCAAAACAGUGACUGAAAUGCAUUGUUUGGGGCGGGAAAUCCCACCCCAGCAAUCAAUUGCCAUAACAAGUUCCAAAUUGAAUUGUAGCCUCGCUCCGCAUUGGUAUGAAUAGGUAUGCACAUUCUUUUUUUUUCUAAACCUCCUUUCUAACAGUAUAGUCUUUGAGUUUAUUUUUAGUAAUGAGCCACAUUCUUUACUUGAUAGAACUCAAAAUUUGUCCCUAGCCAAUUACCAUUGUAGCACUCACAUCUAGCUGUGUAAUCUUCUCAUAAUGUAUCUGUGCAAUAUGGAAGCUAUGAGUGGAUUCGUAGCUUUUUGGUUUAAUUGUACAUUAUUAUGUGUGUACAUGUGUAUAUAUAUGUGUGUGUGUGUGUGUGUGUAUAUAUAUAUAUAUAUAUAUAAGGACCAAAAUCCUUAGCUUGCUUACACUGUUGCUAGUGUGAAGAGUAUCACACUUAAUUUUAUGGGGCCCAAAUUAUGGAAUUACUUCAUAAUUCAUGGUAACAUAUUUCCAUAAAUUAUUGCAUUAUUAUAUAAUUACCAUUUAAUUAUGAAGUUUAUAGAUAUUGGCAAAAGUUACAGUGAAGUGCUAAAGCCACAAUUUAUAUGAUAAUUAUAUUUUGGGCUGUACAAGUAAUCAAAAUAUGCAUGUCAUUGUGACAUUUGCUAUGUUAAAACAUGGUAGAGAAUCACAUUUCUGGGCCCUGUAAGAUAGUGUUACUGAAAUACUCUGUUUUGCCUCCCGCCUUGUUUACAUUAAACAAAGGAUAUUUGGUAAAUUUUUCUAUUGAACAUUGUAUAGGUUGCUGACAGUGUUACCAAGGCCUGGAAUUCUUGGGCCAUCUGUGAAGAAAGUCUUCAGAUGGUGAUUAUGUACCUACUGUCACUUCAAAGGAGGUUGUGAUCAAGUUCAACUUUUUGUGCUAACAAUGCAUGCAGGACUAAGAGGGAUAAUGUAAAAAUAAAUAAUGUAAUUUAAACA